GGAAUCAUUCUCGUUGGUGGACUGGGGUCAAGUCCUUACCUCUAUAGCCAUUUAAAAGCUCAGCAUACAAAGGCCGGGAUUACCGUGAUUCAAUCUGUCGGAAUGAAACCAAGAACUGCAAUCUGCCGUGGGGCAGUCCACAAAGGAUUUGCGGAAGACCAACGCAUGGGUGCAGAGGAUGAUGAUGAUGACUUUAUGAGAUUGAAAACUCUCAAUAUUCCACUCCCAAUUACUGUGACAUCCACUAUUGCUCGAUACAGUCUUGGAACAGUGCAUUACUCUGUAUUCGACCCCACAGAACAUGAUGAAUCUGACCCAGAUUACGCCUGGGAUUCUGAUACAUGUCAAUAUGUGGUUCACAAUCGAGUUACAUGGUAUAUCCGAAAGGGAGACAACGUAUCCAAAAUCCACCCGGUGCGGCAUUCGUGGAUACGUCAUUUGAAAGCGAAUUUCAAAGGUAGCUUAACUCAUAGCAUGGUCCAGUGUGCCAACAGCAAGCCUCCUCGUCGAGUAGAUGAUACUGUCAAACCCUUAUGUGGUCUCAAGUUUACCCCCGAACGUCAAGGUUUCCAAUCUGAAACCCUUCAGGAGUCCAGACGGACGAAAAACCAGCAAGAUACUGAAUUACGACUUAGAGAUGGUUCCCCAGGUGCUUCAAUGGAGUUCACAUUCUACAUUGAUGGUCGGAAGCAGGUAUCUCACGAUGUCAACACAGAAUAUGAAUAA